AUGAGGUGGCUAGUCUCUUUUCUUCUGCUCGCGCUGCUGGGCGUUGUCCAAGCGCUGAGCUUCAGUGGAAGCCGACUACUGGUUGUCAUCGAGGAGCUGGAGGAGAAGGAGAAAUACUCGCAGUUCUGGGGGGACCUGAAAUCUCGAGGAUUUUUACUUUCCUUCGAAUCACCGAAGAACGACAAGCUAUCUCUCUUCAAACACGGCGAACGAGCAUACGACCACCUCAUCCUCUUUCCACCCAAGUCAAAAGGCCUAGGGCCAAACCUCACGCCCCAAAUCCUUCUCGACUUCGUCAACAGAGAUGGCAAUAUCCUCCUAACCCUCUCUGGCGACUCACCUACUCCCGCCGCUAUAAGCUCGCUUCUCCUAGAGCUCGACAUCCACCUCCCUCCAGACCGCAAUGCUCUGGUCGUAGAUCAUUUCAACUUCGACACCAAGACCGCUGCAGAGAAGCAUGAUGUGCUUGUUCUGCCACCUCCUCAAGCUCACCGACCAGGUGUCAAGAACUUCUUCUCCGUUGGAGGAACCCUCGCCGUGCCACGAGCGGUUGGACAGGUCCUCAGCAAUGAAAGCCCUCUACUGGUGCCCAUCCUCCGCGCACCCACCACCGCAUAUAGUUACAACCCGAAAGAUGAGGCGGAAGCUGUAGAGGAGCCCUUUGCCGUUGGCCAGCAGUUGUCACUCAUCUCUGCACUGCAAGCUCGCAACUCCGCCCGUUUCACCGUGCUGGGUUCGGUCGAGAUGCUGCAGAACCAGUGGUUGAACGCGAACGUCAAGACAGCCGGCAAGGAGACCACGACUGCGAAUCGCGAAUUCGCGAAGCAGCUUUCGAGUUGGACGUUCAAAGAACUGGGUGUGCUCAAGGUCGGCAAGCUACAGCACUACCUCGCCGAAGACGGGAAGAAGUUCAAUACUAGCUCGCUUUCUGUUCCGGAGCACAAUCCUACAAUCUACCGCAUCAAGAACGACGUGACUUUCACAAUCGAGCUCUCAGAGUACGUUGAGGACCAUCUACAGCCAUUCCUCCCACCCGCAGAUGAUGACCUACAACUGGAGUUCACCAUGCUAUCGCCAUUCCACCGCCUUUCCCUAAAACCGAUCGGCACAACCGAGAACGCUACCAUCUUCGCAACUUCAUUCACGCUCCCGGACCAACACGGCAUCUUCAACUUCCGCGUCAAUUACAAGCGUCCCUUCAUGACGAAUGUAGAUGAGAAGAGGCAAGUUACUGUCAGACACUUCGCACAUGAUGAGUGGCCAAGGAGUUGGGAAAUCAGCGGCGCCUGGGUAUGGAUCGGAGGAGUUUGGGUCACGGUCCUUGGGUGGAUGGCAUUUGUUGGUGUUUGGCUGUACUGUGAGCCGAUGGAUCGGAAGGCUGAAGUUAAGAAGACGCAGUAG